AAGAUGAGUGGAAAGAACCUUCAAGAAUUUAAUGCAAUGCACAGAAGUAGCAGCAUAGACAAAAUGGUUGUUUGUGUGAAAGCUGGCCUUAGGAGUUCAAAGUAUAAACCUGUUGACUACGAACAGCUACAUGCAAUUACUGAAGCAAAGAAGUUAGAAUCUGCUAACAUUCUGUUCAAGAUUAAAAAGACAGAGUAUGCUUCAAAAUUUAGCAAAGAACAAAUGCUGCUGAAACAGCAUAAGCAAGUGUGGUGGAAAGAGCACAAGAGACUGCAUGAAAGCAGGCAAAAACUUGAGUCUGAAAUGCAGACUUUCUUUGAUGAAGGAAGUGAAUGUGUUUUGGACUUGUGGGACUUGCGAUAUAAAAUAUCAGAAGAGUUGGACACAUUUCAAGCCAAUACAGUACAACCUGUCUGGCAGCUAAGAGAAGAUUUAAGGUACAGACUGUUGGAAAUGCAGACCAACUGCAAAUGUCCAGACUAUCAGUUUAAUCCAGAUGCAGUGUUAAAAGAGGUUGAGUUUGUGAAGAAACAACAGAAAGUGCUGUUGGAAAAGCUUCAUAUUGAAAGAAUAACUUUGGAAGAAGAGCUGGAAGAAUCCACAGAUGAAGUAUUGGCAUAUUCUUUAGAAGAGAGGUUUGCACUCUUUCAUGAGAUUCCAUCACAGUUAUUGGCCUUGGAAUGCCCAUAUCCUGAUUUGAAAGCUUCAGUGCUUACUGGAUUUCAUAAACUUGCUGGUGAAUAUUGGCUGAAGUUUCAAGAGAUUGAUCAAAAGUUACAGGUCAUACUGAGUAAUUUCCAAUGGAGUAAAGAAGAUCUUUGGGUUUAUCAGGUUGUCGUUAGUCAGUACCCAAGUGACAUGCAAGGGAGAAGAACUCUCUACCUGGAUAUGCUACAGAAACUUCUACCUUACAAAUCUAGGCAAAAUCUUGUUGCUCAUGAAAGGGCUUGGGACCACUACCAUUUUACUAGAAAUCAUUGGAGAGCUUUGUUAUUCAACUGGGCCCAGGCUAGAAAAGCUUUUUUACUGAAGGCAGUAAUGACUCUGACAGAAGCUUCUGCUGCUUAUGAGACAGAAAUGAUGUUGGCUAAUAAUAGAAGAAAACAACAGGAAAUAUGUGCGGAUCUCAAAGAAAAGGUUCUCCAGUGGCGUGCACAGCAGGAAGAGGCUGCCCGAUUGGAAGCUGCCAUUGCCACUAGAAGAAAGGAAAAGGAAGAUGAAAAAGAAAAGUUUCAGAGAGAAAAAGAAAUGCUUCGGAGAGCAGAAGAUAAAGAAAAAGUGAAAAAAUACUGGGCUGACAAGCAACGCAAAUGGCAGGAGCUGGAAGCAAAGGACCUACUGCGUUUGGCGGAAUUUAAGAAAUUAAUGGCUGAACAGGUCAUUAAAGACAAAGAAAGAGUUCAAUUUAGACAAAGCCUGCUGGAAAAACGAUUGAAGGAGAAGAAAGAGGCGAUCCUCAAAGAAGCCAAUGAGGAAGAAGAAAGGAAGAGGCGUCUUGAUGCUCUCAGGCAACAGGUUGCAGUUGUUGCAGAGUUUGAUCCUGCUCGGAUGAUGGCUGACACAGUGUCAUCAAAAGCUCGGAUGGGCAUUGGAACAGAGGAAGAAUUCAUUCUGCAGAAACCUCUGUUUGAGUUGUAUACAUUCAGCGCAGAGCAGAUCAUUUCUGACACCCGGGUUCGGGUAGAACUAGCUCUUCGAGAGGCUGGACUUCAUAGAACACAUUAUGCUCAAGAACUUUUGCCUAAAAUCCCUCCCCCUAAACUGCCAAGAAAAGACAUGGAGUCCACGGAUUUUAAAGUGUGUGCUGAACAAAUAAUAAUACACCGGAAUGGCAGAUUUACUUUUGCGUCAACUAUGAAGUAAUCCCAUCUGAGGUACACAAGCUAGCUCGACUUAUUAUUGGAAAACAACUCUAAUGAAAGCUAAGGCUGCAGUCUUGUGCCCAUGUACCUGGAGGUAAGCCUCACUGAGCUUAAUAGAGCUUACUUUUGGGUAGGCAUGUAUAGGAUAAUGCUGUAAGACCAGUAUAUAAUGGUUGCACCUGAUAUGAUAUGUAAUUGCCAGAUACACAGCAUAUUCUUGUAAAUAGCCACUGGUAUAUAUACUUGUAAAUCACGAUUUUAGGCACAAACUGCUUGCAGGAACUGAUGAACAGGGAUUAUGACUCACUAUCCUAUAAAAUAGGAAUGCCUAUGUGGCUGCAUGGCAAGCGGUCUAAAUGGCAACUGAGCCCCAGGUUAAGUGUCAAGAAGAGCACUGAAGCCAGUUUGCCUGACUGGCAGGUGAGUCACAAGCCAGAGUGGCAUGUUAACUAUGCUGCAUCCACCCGUCACGUGUUGAGGGAUUUAUGUCAUUACCCUCAGCAGCACUGCUUGCUGUUGUUAGCAGGCCAUCAGAACCCAUGGCCUCUCCUUGGGCUCUGGGGUGACUUGUUAACCACAGCAUCAAGCUACUCUCCUGUGUUGUCAUGCCAUUGCAAAUCGUGGCAACAGGUGUGCUCUGGGUGGAAAAUCCUGGUAGUCAGGAUGCAUCACUGGGAUUUAUUUAAGACAAGUUGCUCAUUGAAGACAGUUGAACUAGCCUGUUGAAUUAGGAUACUUCAAGUACAGCAGUUUUUCUGGAGGUGCCUGUGAGGAAUGUGGCAUUCCUCAGCCAUGGGUAUUUAUUUUAUUAAGUUUGCCGGUGACAUCCUAAAUUACUUAAAGACCUUACAAGUUUUGCCACACCUUUUGGUAAUCUGAAAAGUCUGGAUGCAUUCUUCAGACAAGCAGAAUGUGAUCUGAGAAUAUUAAGCAAUUAUUUUAUGGGGAGAAAAGAAUGCAGGAAACAAAACAAGAAAGCCUGUUAUUUAAAGCCCACUGUGUUUCAAGCAGUUGUCAUUUCUAUCUCAAGCAACAGUUUUCAAACUGGUACCUAAAUAUGCUUGAAACUUUUUCUGAAAUUAUAUUCAAAACAUGUCAGGAUUUUAAUUAAAUAACUUUUUUUCUGGUACAACUGGAGGUUGC